UGUGUGGUACAUUGCAGUGUUGUGGUCGUCAGUAAGAAUCAAAUCUUUACCAAUUUAGUAACCAGAUUAAUUAAAAGUGUUUAGCUACAGGGUGCAGUUACAAAUCAAACAGAAGGCAAAAUGUUGCCCUCUACCGUAUCAACUUUAGUGCCCCGCUUAAAGUUUAACUUUAAGAAGCCGAAAAUAGAGAAUUUCGUGUUCAAAUUACAUUAUCAAUUCACUGUGACACUGCUGAUAGCUUUUGUGAUCUUGGUCUGCGCUAGAGAGCAAUUUGGAGAACAUAUUAGGUGCAUAUCAGGGGCUGGAGUGCCAGAAAAAGUUAUACAAACAUAUUGUUUCUUCAUGGCAACAUUUACUAUUGUUCGACAUUACAAUGAAAGCCUUCUUCAAACCGGGCUUCUGCCUCAUCCCGGAGUGGGGCCUAUAUUGGAGAAUGACGAGACCAUCCACCACAAGUAUUACCAGUGGGUGCCGUUCCUACUUUUCCUUCAGUCAAUUGCUUUCUACAUGCCUCAUUAUAUAUGGAAGAAAAAGGAAGGAGGCAGAAUCAAGGCUUUGGUGGAUGGCCUACAAUAUGCAAGUCUUGCAUUUCAAGAUGAGGACAUGAAAAUCGACAAAGAUACGAUACCAUCGAGAAAAACUAUCGAAAAUAAGAUUGCUCUCAUUCGAAAGGAUAUUAUUUUUAGGUUAAAAAUUUCACGAACAUGGUCUGUGUGGAUGAUAGCAAUGGAGAUAACCAAUCUUGUCCAUGUAGUAUUUCAAAUUUGGUUGAUAAAUCUAUUUCUCAAUGGUGAGUUCAUUGGAUUAGGACCCAAGGUGAUGAAUUUUCACGAUUGGGACGAGAUUGCUGAUCCCCUGGAGGCUGUGUUCCCUAAGGUAACUAAAUGCCUGUUCCACAAGUACGGGCCGAGCGGCACGAUACAGCAACACGACGCGCUGUGUGUGAUGGCACUCAAUAUCGUACACGAGAAGAUAUACGUGAUACUGUGGUUCUGGCUACUAUUUUUGUUCAUCGCGUCUGUGCUUGCUGUCAUUUGGCGCGCGUUGUCAUUUUUCCUGUACCGUCGUUCACAUAAGUUCAACAACUUGGUCUUCAGCCAGGUGGUGUCCAAUUUCGAUCCCUAUAACGGGAAUAGGGUUAUCAACUGGUGUGAAUUCGGUGAUUGGCUGUUCCUCUACUAUUUAGCUAAGAACAUGCAAGGAUUCUUGUUCAAGGAGCUGUACACGACAUUAGGUGAGGAGUUGUACGAAAUAGAUAGGCUUGAUCACGUACCACCCCAUAAAAGUGGUGCAGAGCCAAUAUAUAAGGGUACAAUGCAGUAUGAUCAUGAGCCGCCCCAAGAAACUAUUGCAGAGUCAAUAACGAUGGCUAGACAUGAGUACAAUGAUGAGACGUUACCUCUAAGAGAUACCAAGAAGGCUACGUAAACAGAAUAUAUUUAGUGAGAAAUUAAAUAUUAUGAAUAUAAUCAUUUGUGGGUAUUUUGGCUGUGAGCGGUGGAUAUAUAGGUAUAAAUUGUAAUUUAUUAUUAAUGUUGGUAAAAUUUCUGUAUUGAGAAUUCCGUCAGAUAUAUUGUAGUUUCGACGAAAUUAAAUUACUCGCGUAUAUUUGAUUUAUAUAGAUUACUAGCUGUUCCCGCGACUUCGUCCGCGUGGAAAAUAAAAGUAGCAUAAGUUACUCCUUAUUACUUCAGCUACCUGCCAAAAAAAGUCCCGUCAAAAUCGGACCACCAAUUUCAGAGAUUAGCCGGAACAAACAGACCGACAGACGGACAGACAAAAAUUGUAACAAUGUUAAUUUGGUAUAUGUAUCGUAUUUAUAUUCAUAUGCAUGUAAAAAACCGUUAUUUCAAUAUUACAAACAGACACUCCAAUUUUAUUUAUAUGUAUAGAUGUAUAGAUUGGCGUAUUUCUAUUAGGUAGGAUCUUAAAAGAUCACUCAAUAGAAAUCUUAAUAAUCGCAUAUAUAAGACUAAUAAUUACUGAUAUUUUAGAAUAAUCUUGUAUUUAUUCUUCGCUUAAUAUCUUUAUUAUUAAUAAACGAGUUAUUUUAUAAAUUAUUAUUCUAUUAUUCUUAUAUUCCACAUUUACAUUUGACGUUACAUAGUCACAUUAACGUAUUUGUAAUGAUAUAUAUUUAAUUUAGUGAUAUAAAUCGAAACAUUCGAUGGAUUCAAUACGUUUAUUGGUUUUUGAUUCGAACGACUAUGGGCAUCACUAGAUCAUCUAUUGUCAGAAUGACCUCUUUGUUUAUAUUUUUGUAAUUUCUAUUGGAACUGAGUAUCUAAAGUUGCAACCUUAAUUGAACUACACUUACCUAUGUAAUUCUCAAUUCAGAAAUGACUUACUCUUAUUUAUGAAUUUAGGUCAAAGUAAUGCUAGUCUAAAUGGUUAUAUUUCCAUAUGGUGGGUACAUUUGUAUAGAUUAUAAUAAGUGAUUAGAUUUUAUUAUAUUACUUACG